AUGUCGUCUACUACUACCACUCAGUCUCUUCCUGCGGAAGUUUCUCCUGCCGCAACCUUUCCCGAGGGACUGCCCACUGUCGAGCUUCCCCGCAUCUCUCUUCGAGGCCUUCUCGAAAAUGAUGAGACGGAGAUGUUGAAGAUCUUUGACAUAUGCCUCACCACGGGGUUCUUCUACCUCAAUCUUCAAGAUCAUCCCGACGGACAGCGACUGUGGGAAAAAGCCUGCCGAAUUUGUGAGGUCGGCAAACAGACCCUCCCCAAGUUGGACAUGGACACCAAACUGUCUUACAAAGCCAGAGAGAGGACUGGCGUAUUCGAUAUGGGAUACAAAUGUCCCAGCAUCAGCAAGACCGGCGAGCCUAAGUUCAGCGAAGCCUUCAACGAACUUUUCGGCUCCAUCCUAACGCACGGCAACGAGAUCUGCCGCGUAUUGCUUGGCGCCCUGGAGAAGCACCUUCAGCUCGACUCGGGGAAGCUUUCAUCUCUGCAUCGAGUGCAGGAUCCGUCCAACGACUUCCUUCGCGUGCUGCGGUAUCCUGCAACCCUCCCUGGCGACGACCCCAACGCCGCUAAGUUCCCACCCCAUCGUGACUCCGUCAGCGUCGCCAUCCUCUUUACCUGGGUUGGCGGUUUGCAGAUCCUCGAGCCAGGUAGUAGCAGCAACCCUGUCACCGGCGGCUACGACGAAUCUGCCUGGCGAUGGGUUGAGCCUGUGGAUGGACACGUAAUUGUCAACCUUGGAGACGCCCUUGCCGUCCUAACAAACGAGGUCCUCAAGUCGGGAUUCCACCGGGUCAUCGGCGCGCCGGGGAACCAGGCCCGGUUGGACAAGUACAGUGUCCUUUUGGGAUAUCGUCCUGCUCUCAACACCCCCAUGCGCCCUCUUCCCAGCCCCGUCAUACCCCCCUUGAGCGAUGAGCUUGCCGCCGCACCUAUCCAGACUUGUGAGGAGUGGGGGGCGCAGCGUGUCCAGAAGGUCUACCAGGUCCUCGAACAACGCAAGACAUAA